UAUCCAGAACAGGCACACCACAGUAACAGCCUUCAGAUGAUUUGGUGACAUCAUGUGAUAUUGCUUGAACAGCCACAGCAUGGUGGAAGUCAAUUCAAGGCUUCAUCCCAUAGCCUAGUUCAGGGAGCAUCAACUUCCCUAAACACUACAAGUCCCAACUCAUAAUGAUGUCAUCACUAAGCGUCGAAGGCGUUUCAGUCAAACCGAUACGAGCGUAAACUUGGAUUUGACAUGGCGUUAGCUGGUGUGCGUGUGAUUGAACUGGCAGGGUUGGCCCCAGCCCCUUUCUGUGGCAUGAUCCUGGCAGACUUUGGGGCCAGGGUGAUUCGUGUAGACAAGACAAAGGUCGCCAUGGCCAUGGACACUCAGGCCAGGGGCAAACAGUCUGUGGCGCUUAACCUGAAGCAUCCACGUGGCGUGGCUGUACUCAAGAGACUUUGUGUGGAGUCUGAUGUGCUCAUUGAGCCUUUUCGUCAUGGGGUGAUGGAGAAGCUGGGUCUGAGUCCUGAGGAGCUGCUGAAGGAGAAUCCGCGGCUGAUCUACGCCCGGCUCACCGGCUACGGACAGACAGGCUCCUACUCUAAAGCCGCUGGACAUGACAUCAAUUACCUGGCCAUGUCAGGGCUGCUGUCCAUGUUGGGGCGAAGUCAAGAGAAACCGUACGCCCCACUCAACCUGGUGGCAGAUUUCGCUGGCGGAGGGCUCACCUGUGCCUUUGGGAUCGUGCUUGCCCUAUUAGAGCGGAACCGUUCAGGCAAAGGCCAAGUGAUAGAUGCCAGCAUGGUUGAAGGAGCAGCCUAUGUCGGUUCCUUCAUGUGGAAAUCCAGGAACAUUGGCUUGUGGAACCGAGGCCGGGGUGAGAACCUUCUGGACAGUGGGGCUCCAUUCUACGAGACGUACUGCACCUCAGAUGGAAAGUAUAUGGCUGUGGGGGCAAUUGAACCGCAAUUCUACGUCCAACUCAUUCAAGGCUUGGGAUUAGAUGCAUCCGCUUUGCCAGCCCAAAUGAGUGUCUCUGAUUGGCCGGACAUGAAGGAGACUUUUGCCCGGGCGUUCGCCAGCAAGACACAGGCCGAGUGGGGGCAGAUCUUCGAUGGCACUGACGCCUGCGUGACCCCCGUGCUGUCACUGGAUGAUGUGAGCUCACAUCCCCACAACCAGCAGAGGGGCUCCUUCCUGCGGGAUGCCCAGGGCGAGGAGAGCCCACGGCCGGCUCCGCUCCUGUCCCGCUCACCCGCCCAGCCCUGUCUCUCGCGGGACCCCUUCAUCGGAGAGCACACGCGGGCCGUGCUGCAAGACUUUGGCUUCGCAGCAGCCGAGAUCGAGCAGAUGGAUGCAGCGGGUGUAGUGGAGUGCAAAGAAACCAAAGCACGCCUGUAACCUUUACGACCCAGCACCAGCACGCCCCCAUAAUGACGGCAGUCUAGGGGCCCACAGAGAGGAAAUGUGCUUUUCACAUGAACGCCAUACAGUGCCUAAGUGCUACCCAACCAGCGGGUGCAGCAAUUUAGAGCAGGAACUGCACUUGCGCCUAAAAGGCUUUGAAUUGCCUGGACGUGAAAUCCUAUCAAUCCCAGCCAGUCCAUGUCUGUAAUUUGGUAUUGGUUGGAAUUAUAUAUAAUUUUGUUCACAUAGGUGCCUGCCAGUGUUUUUAUUUUCAUAAUUACGUGAAAUGUUUAGUUUGUGAUUCCGCGAUUUCCGAAUGCUGAAAAUAUGUUACACUGCAUUUUCUCCUGAGUUUGAUUGCUCUGUUGUUCAAAGGUCUGAUGACCCUUAUUAAAAUGAUCUUCAGCUAAAUUAUCUUUAUCUUCAGUAUCAGUUCAUUAAGUACAGGUGUGUGUGUAUAUAUAUAUAGGGCUGUCACUUUUGUGAAAAAAUCCUGUUCGAUUUUUGAGACAUAAGUGUUCAUUAAAUCGAUUGUAAAAUCGAUUUUAUAAUGUCUAAAGACAUUGACGUUUGCGUUUUCAACACCAAAUAUAGGCCAAUCCACAAACAACUAACAGGCAUUAGGACGAAUGUAAAGAGGGCGCUUGUAGACGCAAGCCAGCAAUAUUUCUGAUGAUUUAUUGGCGUGAAGUUUCGUGC